GAAUAAUGUCCUCAUCAUAACAAAUUUUUAGUGAAGUGAGAAAUUUCUAUCGAAAAAAUGCCGCUUUUCAGCGCAAGCACUCCGUUUGAUACGGAUGUCGAGAAGGCCACCAAUGAGAUGAACACAUCGGAGGAUUGGGCCCUGAUCAUGGACAUCUGUGAUAAAGUAGGAGCUUCUCCAAAUGGACAAAAAGACUGCCUUAAAUCGAUAGUGAAACGACUCAACCAUAAAGUUCCACAUGUAGCAAUGCAAGCUCUGACGCUGCUUGAUGCAUGCGUGAAGAACUGUGGUAAUAGCUUUCAUCUUGAGGUGAGCUCAAGAGACUUUGUGUCAGAAGUCAGGACUCAGUUGACCAAGGCACACCCGAAGGUUGCUGAUAAACUAAAAGAGUUACUUAAGAAAUGGGCCGAAAAUGAAUUCAAAAGUGAUCCAGCAUUGAGCCUAAUUCCUUCAUUAUAUAAUAGCUUAAAGACAGAAGGACACAGUUUCGCUACAUCGGACCAGCCGAAAGCCGCACCGGUGUUAAGCAAGGACCCCAACGUGGUAUCUAGUCAACAGGAAGAGGAUGAUAUAGCUAAGGCAAUAGCACUGUCAUUGCAAGAGAACGAGAAGGGUGCGUCGUCUAAAUCAGGCGGCCUGUACCCGACGGCCAUGAUGGCGUCUGGGUCACCGCAGUCGAGGGGAGCCAAGGAACUCAGAAAGGUGCGUGCAAUGUAUGACUUUGAAGCUGCCGAGGAUAACGAGUUGACAUUUAAAGCGGGUGAAAUCAUAAGUAUCCUGGACGACAGCGAUCCAAACUGGUGGAAGGGCUCAACGUAUCGAGGGGAGGGACUGUUCCCGGCUAAUUUUGUCACGGCCGAUCUUACUGCAGAACCCGAACAAAAUAAAGAAAAGAAAUCGGUACAAUUUAAAGAAGAAGUUGAGGUGAAGACGGUUGAGCCUAUUCCUGAGCAGUUGUACAUAGAUGAGGAGAAGAUAGAUAAGACUUUAGAGUUACUACAGAAUGCUGAUCCCACUGGUGUGAAUAAACCCGAUACUCAUGAAAUGUUAGCUUUAGAAGAGCAAUGUAAAGCCAUGGCACCCCUGAUAGACCAAAAGCUCGAAGAUAUCGACAAAAAGCACAUUGGCUUGAUGGAAUUGAACGCCAAAGUGUUCGAAGCGCUACAGAUUUAUGACAAUUUAAUGAAAGAUAUCCCGGUACCGCAAUACGGCUAUCAACCGCCAGCGACGAAAACACUGCCGGCGUAUUCCAUGCCGAAUGUUUCCACGCAACAAAUGCCGUCAUCCAAUCAGGCGAUGUACAAUGGACAACCCCAGGCCCAGUAUUUGCCACAGGGGGCUAACGGUCCCCCAAUGAGCCAAGGCUAUGAUGUCCCGAAUCAACAGUUCCAGGGCCAGACGGCAGCAAUGUCUCAACAGGACCAGGUGCCAGCGCUACAAGCCCCGACGACUCUGCACCAGCCACAUAGCUUCUCCCAAACUCAACAGAAUCAAACGCAAUAUAAUAGCAUGCCGCCUCAAAGUACGAGUAAUUCAGUCGCAAGCCACAUCCAGGGUCCACCGUCAUUGCACUAUCAACCCCCGAGCGUAGAUCCCUCACAGUUACCACCACAGCCAGACAUGCAACACGCGUACCAGCAGAUGAACCACCAGCAGAUGUUUCAGCAGUCGCAACAACAGCCACUGUUAUAAGACCGGACACAUUAACCCUUUAGGGCCUGAACGCAUUGGAGAAAAUUCAAAAAUUUGGCUCGACAGCGACAGACGUUGAAAUGAGUGUACCGAUAGAUAGCUUGUCAUAGGUUCCUGUAGGUCCCUUGGUCACUAUUGAGCUUGAGGCAGAAAAAUUUAGGAAUUUUCCUAUGAAGUGUUCAGGUUAACUCUGAUCAUCAAAGGUUUGUCUUGAUUCUUCUGAGUUAAUCAGACUAGCCUUUUCAAGCCUUCAAAUGAUAAGGACUCGGUACGUAUUUGAUGAAACUUAAGCAAGGAAUUGAUUGAAAUGUAGAUAAAUAGAUCUGCUAAUUUUAGAUGUGCUCUCCGGAGUUGAUAAUCUUGUUUGUAAAAAUGUGAUCAUGAACAAUUUGCUUGAUGAAUGAUAAAUUGUAUCGGCAGUUUAUAAGCAGCACUGGGUAAGAUCGUAACAGAAGUAUGUUAGAGACAGUACUGAUCUGGCCUAUCACCCUUAGCAUCCACACGAGCACCAAGCUUAAAGGUUGACACUGUUGAAUAUGUAACCUGUGCUCGGUGCACGGAGAUCAGCGCAGUGGGGUUUAUGAAUGUCCGAUCAGGUACGCAGUGCAGCUGCCGGCAGAUCUGCAGGUAUAGGCCAGAUGUAUACCACCUCUAAUGCACUGCAGUUGAUGAGACUGCAGAAAGCACCUGAAUUUCUGUCGCUGUGUUUGUUUAUUGAUUUGACAGUCUGUGUAGCUGUUUGGGUAAAGAAUGUUUGUAUAUACUAAUGCACGCUCUUGAUGCCUGGCUUAUAAUUGGGCUAUACUUUGUAGUACUAGGUUUAUACAUCAGUUGGUUACUUGUUAACCUGUUGCACUGAGGUUAUAGGACUAGUCAAGUCACAGGUGCGUGAAUGCCUGCUCGACCACUGUUAUAACGUCAUGAGAGACAUCAACAUGUAUAUAUAGAAACUCUGUAACACAAAGGCUGUGCUUUACUUGGUUCAGGUUCUGUGUAAUCAUGCUUAUACAGGUUCUUUCCUCUUCUGCAUGUUUUCUUUGAAUUGUGUGCUACACGUAUAGUCGGCCCAGAACAUGUGUAAGUUAUUUAUUUGUGGUGUCCAUGAUGUUCUGGGAAGGUUUAUCGCAAUGUGAUUUAAAAAAUGGGGCCAUACUUUAAGUAUGUACGCAUAAUUUUCCUGCUCCCACCCGCAGUGAGUGUGUAAACGCUUGACAGUAAACCCCCUCUGAUCUUUAGAAUAGUGAUCAGCUGUGUGUGAACGAAAGGUUUGUAAAUUCUGUGCUUUUCGAUGACAAUCCCGUGAUCAGGAGGGUUGAAAUGAGAGUCUGACUACCUAUAGUGGACCAUAGUACUGUGAAAUAAGCAUGAUAUCAAAUCUUUCUCGGCCCCAACCCCCGAUGGCGUUAGUAGGCAAAUAGGCAAAUGUUUGUUUACCUGUUUUUAAGCCCCUUGCUCCCUCUUAUGCACUCAUACUUGAAGUAUUGCCAAAACUACAAUUUGUGAAAUGUAUACUCAUAGUGGAGAGAGAAGAGAUUUAUUUCAUAUUCAUCACACAACGUUGGGGGGGGGGGAUGGACUUUGACAUGAAUUUAGGUAGCAGAACCCAUGGUCCAACUACAGUAAAACCUCUCUAUUAAGGACACCCUUGGGAAUGACAAAUGCUGGCCUUGAUUAAGAGGUGCCUUGAUCACAAAUCACCUUGGUCAAAUUCAAUGGAAAUGACUGUAGUGGUACCACAUGUUGUGUGUUCUUGAUAGAGAGGUGUCCGCUAUUGGGGACUAUUAACACAGGGGAGGCCCAAGUCUGGGUUAUGAGGCCUGAAUGAUGAUGAUGAGUGAUACGAAUGUGGAUUUUGAGAUGAAAUGUACACAUCAGUAUAACAUAGUUAUGGAUUUCAUUUGAAUGUAACUUCUGUACUUGUGUGUCGGAAGAUGUACAUACAUUAAGCUUCAUCACAAGGACAUUGCAAUGUUUGUAUACAUUUUGUAUAUUGAUCAAACCCAUCUGUAUUAUAUUUCUGCUUUCGUCAAAUCUUCUAUAAAGGUUUAGGGGCUGCCUAUAGAAUUGCAUGUACACAUUGCUAUCUGCACUGAGGAUAAAGUAACAUUAAGGACGAUUUUUCUUGGAAAGCCCAGAUUCUGGGUUUAUCCAGUGUGCGGUUUUAACUUAAGGAGAUAUUAGGCCGGAUUUACAUAGGAUUCACGUUGUCACUUGUCGUGUUUCACGUGUCACGAGUUAAUUGACUUCAGCUUGAAAAUACCACGUGAGGGUGAAAAGUGACUCGUGAAUCGUAGGUGGCCUGCUCUUUGGAAACGACCUGUUACCUCAAUGGGUGAUAUGAAUAAAGACUAGCAAAUGCUUUUAUCUAAAACUCCAUGUACAUUUACACUGGGCCUUUCUGUACAAAACUGAAGUAAAAGCAAUUGCUAUACUUUAUUCAUAUCACCCUUUAUGUCAUUCAUUCAUAAUGAACAGUGGCGCAGUGCAUGUGAAAACGUGAACUCUAUAAUCGCAACCUAAUCUACCGCAAUGGGCAAUGACAAAUAAUGAGCCAGAAAUCGAGAAAAAUGAACUAAAAGCUCGACACUGGUGUAGUAGUGUGUGAUGCACUGAAAGCUCGAUGUGGAUUUGUCACACACUGGGAAGAAGGGAUUGUAUAUUAGAGAGCUGUACAUGUUCACGCCAAAUGUUGGUUUCAUUAUAUUAGAAUAUUUAUGUCUCGUGUACAAAACAUUCUCAAUAAAUACAAAGCUAAG